CGGGGCGGGCGUGGCGGCGGCUCUGAGCGGCAUCGCGAGCCGCCCCGCCGCGCCGUGCGAUAGUACCGCGCUCGUGCUCGCCAGGCGGGGUCGGCGUGCUCGUGGGCAGCUCGGCAGGUGGACGGCCCCCGGGCUGCAGCACCGUCCCGCCGCUGCCGGAGAUGCCCGGCAGGCGGGCGGUGGUCUGUGGGAUCGGAUACCUGCAGACAUGACACCGGAGUGAAAGUGUGCGGGUGGCCGGGAGCCUUCUGUUGCGGGUGGCGAGCGCUGGCUGCUGAGUCAGCUGGGGAUGUCCUGACAUUUGGCGGCGCGACGAAGGAGGACCAUGCGCCUGCACAGUUGAGGCGGCGGCGCGGCCGGCGAGGCGGCCAUGACGCCGCCGGAGGAGGUGUCCGAGGAGCCGGCGGAGCGCGAGGCCCGAGAGCGCUCCGCCAUCGUGGCCAAGUACGACAUCGGCCACGAGGACGGCGCCCAGAUCGACCCCUGGGAGGACCCCAAGUUCGAGAUCUACCACGUCACCGACCGCUACGGUUUCAUACAUGACGACCGUCUGCCGGCGACGCGGUCCGUGCUGGAGCGCAAGCAGCAGGCGCUGGAGCUGUCGCGGGAGAAGAAGUGGCUGGACAUGCUGGCCAAGCUGGAGCGCUCGGGCCGCGACCACAAGCGCCUCGACAAGUUCCGCUCGCGCGCCUACAAGGGCAUCCCGGAUAAGCUACGCGGCAAGGUGUGGGCGCACCUGCUGCGCGUCGAUGAGGAGAAGCAGCAGCACCCCGGCACCUACCAGGAGAUGAGGGCGCUGGCUCGUCAGUGGUCGCCCGAAGUGCGGCAGAUCGACCUGGAUGUCAACCGCACCUACCGCGACCACAUCAUGUUCCGCAAGCGCUACGACCUCCAGCAGCAGGCGCUCUUCCACGUGCUCGCGGCGUACUCGAUGUACAACUCGGAGCUGGGCUACUGCCAGGGCAUGUCGCAGAUCGCCGCCCUCCUGCUCAUGUACAUGAAUGAGGAAGACGCGUUCUGGGCGCUCUCCGUGCUCAUGACGGGCAACCUGUAUCGGAUGCAUGGUCUGUUUAUCCAUGGCUUCCCAAAGCUGUUAAGGCUGCAAGCGCAUCACGACAAGAUCAUGAAGAAGUACCUGCCCAAGUUGAAAAAACACAUGGAAAAGAACGGCAUCGACACGGGUAUCUAUACACUCAAAUGGUUCUUCCAGUGCUUCUUGGAUCGGGUGCCGUUCACGCUGGCGCUGCGGCUGUGGGACGCCUACCUGCUGGACGGCGAGCCGAUCCUGGUGGCCGGCGCUUACAUGAUCCUGAAGCUGCACAAGAAGACGCUGAUGCGCCUGCCCAUGGAGGAGAUCCUCGACUUCCUGCAGGUGCGCCUGGAGCGGGACUUCCAGUUCGACGACGACACUGCCAUCCAGGAGAUGGAGCGUUGUCUGGACGAGCUGCGCGCCGGCAAGCUGGACCGGCCGGGCGCGCCGUCCGACCGUGAGCUGCCGUGGGUCCUGUCUGCCCCGCUGGUGGACAUGUCCACCGAGGUCCGGCCGGGCACCUGGUACCGCCAGGAGACGGUCAGUUCGUACCGGUACAGUGACCCCACCACGCUCGCGUGCUACCACUACCAGAGCUCGAUCGUGCUGGAGCAGGCCGCUGGGAGUCGUCCGCGUCACGCCAGUGUAGACGCGACCCGCUCCCGCGCCGACUCCGGCUUCACGCCGGCUACCGCCAACGGCCUGUCGCCGAGCCGGCGCCGGCGGCCGACGCAUCUCAGUCUCACGCAGCUCAACCUGGAGCCGACCUCGCCCGGCGCGCACGUCAGCCUGGAGCCUGUCUCUCCCGGCAAGGUGUCCAUCUACGUGUCGUACGCGGCCAACGGGCGUCGGUCGCCGGCCGACUCGGCCCAGAUGUCGCUGCGGUCGCGCGGCUCGUCCAAGGCGUCGGUGCGCUCGCCCGACUUCGGCGGCGCGCUCGGCUCGCUCGGCUCGUCUAAGGCGUCGCUGCGCUCGCGCGGCUCAUCGCGGCGUUCGGCGCGCUCGCCGGACGGCGGCGCCGGGGACACGCCCGUCACGCACCGCGUGCCCAUCUUCGUGGAGGCAUCCGGCGUCGAGCUGAAGUAG